CGGCGCUGUGCUGUCGCACGUCAUGAAAGAUGGCACGACGCAGGGAACUCACAGUCCACGAGCGGUGCCUGAUGCAUGGAAUGAGAGUCGUCGUGCCCCCGAAACUUCAACAGCUGGUCCUGGAGGAGCUACACCAGGGACACCCAGGAAUAGUGCGGAGCAAAGCACUCGCCCGAAGCUACGUAUGGUGGCCCUCCUUGGAAACGGACUUGGAGAACCAAGAGCGGCCCCACAUGGUUCCACGCAACAGUACUGCAGCGGACGGGACCAGUGUCCUACGUGGUCAAGGUGCGGACACCGGAUGGACUCCGUACUUGGAGGCGACACAAGGACCACCUGCGCUCAGCGUCUACUGCAGUGACAGCGCCGUCCCUUGUGGGGGAGGACGAUACCGACACCAUCUAUCCUGCGUCUGAAGCCGACGUACCACCUCCGUCUACUGUCUCCGCAAGACAAACGGUGCCCGUCACCCCCACUAACGCUGCGCCUCGGCGAUACCCACAACGCCAGAGAAGACCCCCCGAUCGCUAUGAAGCCUCAUGACGUUCCAAAUUGCGGUGGAGGAAGUGCUAGAGGCCGCUGCCGUUGCUAUCAGCAGUACGCGUAGUACUGACGUCACCGGGCGCUCUAUAAGAAGAGCACCGUCAUACGCGCAGCCAGAUCGCUGCCGGCC